ACUUUUAGAGAAAGGAAGAGAAUAGACGUAAGAAAGUGGGACAGAGGGAAAGACACAGAGAGUACUUUGGCACAUGCUUCUGCCUGUUUGCCAAUCUCCCGAGUGUCCAUGUAGAAACCUUUACGGCAGGUUGAGCCUCCUUGCAGCGUGAAAAAUGACUCGAUCUUUAAGGCAGUGGUUUAGGGACUACCUGGCUGAACGCCGCAUUCGCCGAAGCCGACUGGUGACCAAAAAUGGCCACUGCAACGUUGAAUACGGCAACAUGAGAUACAGAAACCUCUUUGCCUACAUGCAAGAUUUCUGGUCCACGUUCGUGGAAAUUGGUUGGUUUUCCUUCAUGUUCUUCUACGUGGCCUCCUUCAUUUUCAGCUGGUUCAUCUUCACUCUUAUCUGGUACUGGGUUGCUCGUGACAAUGGUGACUUGUGGUGGCAGAACCCGCCGGAAAAUCACACUGCAUGUAUACUAAAUAUGAAUGACUUGGUCACCUCAUAUCUCUACUCGGUGGAGACACAGCUGACUAUUGGCUUCGGCUAUCGAGUUAUUACCGCCCAGUGUCCCAGCGCCAUCACUGUCAUCAUGGUUCAAGUUCUUGUUGGUGCAGUCAUUUCUUGCUUCUGGUGUGGCGUGCUUGUUCACAAAAUCUCCAUGCCCAGGAAAAGAGCCAAAACUGUCACUUUUAGCGAGAACGCUGUCAUCUCUGCUAAACAGAACGCGCUCUGUUUGCAGAUCCGUGUAGCCAACCUCCGCAAGAGCCUGCUGGUUGGGAGUCAGCUCUACGGCAAGCUGAUUAGGACGAGAGUCACGCCUGAAGGCAAGACGAUCAUCAUGGAGCAGGUCAAUGUUGACUUUAUGGUGGAUGCUGGGAAGGACAAUCUGUUCUUCAUCUGCCCCUUGACCUUUUAUCAUGUGAUUGACGGGUCGAGUCCAUUUUUCCAAAUGUCAGUGGACAUUCUGCCCCGGCAGGACUUUGAGCUGGUAGUGUUUCUUGAUGGUACAGCUGAGUCUACCAACUUCUCUCAACAGGUCAGGACUUCCUACAUCCCGCAGGAGAUCAUAUGGGGCCAUAAGUUUCUUCCCAUCAUCUCCCGCAGCAAAGAGGGCAAAUAUCAAGUGGACUUCUCAAACUUCUCCAGAACAGAGCCAAUACCGACAGCACAUUGUGCAUGCUGCUAUCAUGAUGUUAAUUGCCACCAUCAUUACUCUGCAGAUGGUGCAGAUAACAAAGGUUUUGAGGUGAUUGAAAUGGAUCGGGAUAGUUCUACCAAAAUGUGAAGGAUGGGACCAUGGCAACAAUGAUAUGCAGUGCAAAAACCAUUGAGAACCCCGUUCUCAUGAAACACUAAAGCACAAAGAUGAAAAACAAAAGUGUUUCUCAGUUUGUCUUUUCCAAAUAGUUUGAGUAAAAAGUAUUGAAAGCAACAAAGAAGCAUACUUGCUGUGUUUACACUAUCAUGUGGCUUGUUGAAAAGAAAAUAUCUUUGGACCAUUACUGUUAUUCUGUUCAUCACCAAUUGUAAUGCACUAAAAUAAAAAACAACAGAUCUAGAGAUGCAAAGUUUUACGCCAAAGCGACAGCAUGUAAAAAUAAUAUAUGUAAAGUAUGUGUAAAGUAUAUAAAAUUUGUUUGUGUUAAAUGAGUAAAUAUUUGAAUAUGCUGUUCAAAGAAUGCAUGCAAAAACAAUGUGUUGGUAUUUUCAUAUGCACUUAAUAAAGCAAAAGUUUAAUGCAUAAAUAAGAAUCUGUUUUCUUUUUAACUGGGAUGGGAAAAUGGGAAAGUAUGCAUUGAUCAGAAAGCAAUAUUUAUGUGAGAAAAGCAAAACUUUACAAUAACAUUUGUUUGUUUGACUUUGUUUUCAGGAAACGUGAUGCCAAUUUUCAC